AUGCAGCAGCGCGGAGCCUCAGCAGCGGUCGGGGGCGGGAGGGUUGGGGAGGUGCUCAAGGGGUUCAAGAUCUACAACACGCUGUCGAGAGAUAAGGAGACGUUCGAGCCGAUGUGCGAGGACGGAAAGACAGUGAAGAUGUACACCUGCGGGCCCACCAUCUACGACUUUGCCCACAUCGGAAACUUCAGAGCUUUCCUGACGUACGACGUUCUGAAACGCUGGUUGUUGUAUUGUGGAUACGACGUGGACCAUAUCUGCAACUUGACAGACGUGGACGACAAGAUCAUUCAAAGGAUGAAGAGAGACAACGUGGGACUGAAGGAGCUGACAGAGAAGUUCGCUGAUGCUUUCUUCGAUGACCUGAAGAGGCUGAAUAUCAUCCCAGCGAGGAAGUACCCUCGAGCAACAGAGCACAUUGACGACAUUGUUGAGAUGAUCAACGGGCUUGUUCAGAAGGGGAACGCGUAUGAGAAGGAUGGAUCUUACUACUUCGACGUGUCGAGCUUUCCUGAUUAUGGAAAACUUGCAAGACUUGACUUUGACAACAUGAUGGAUGGGGCAUCGGAAGGAGGAGGAAUCACUGACAGGGAGGGUUUUGAAAAGAAGAGCAGCAAGGACUUUGCACUCUGGAAGGCCUACAAGCCAGAGGAUGGUGAAGUUACAUGGGAGACCAAGUUGAGCAAAGGUCGACCUGGAUGGCAUAUUGAAUGCAGUGCGAUGAGUCGUCGGUAUCUCGGCGACUCCUUUGAUAUUCACGCGGGAGGAGUCGAUUUGACCUUUCCUCACCAUGAGAACGAGAUCGCUCAGAGCGAGGCGUAUUGCGGUUGUCAGUACUGCCGUUACUGGGUCCAUAACGGAUUUGUCAACAUCAACAACGAGAAGAUGAGCAAAAGUCUGGGGAAUUUCCUCACGUUGCGAGAAGCUUUCAAGGACCCCAACGAUUGUCGAGCCUUCAGAUACCUGGUUGUCUCCUCGCAGUAUCGCGCUGCUCUCAACUUUGCCCCCGACGUGCUGCAAGGAGCAAGGAACACGUUGAAGCGUCUGGACAAGAGGAGGAGGGAGAAGGAGGAAGCAGCAGAAGGAGGGAGAUGGGAGGACAACAGGAUGGAGGAGGAGGCAGAGGAGAGAGCUGAAAGUCUGCAGGUGGAGAAAUCGGCUGCUCGAAGUCUCGAUGGAGGCAUGAUGGAUGAUCUCAACACUCCCCGCGCAUGUGCUGCACUUUUCACUUUCAUCAAGUCCACAGAGAAGCUGCUCAACACUGACCAGGUCAGCCCCAGCAGAACGGUCAGCUGCCUUGACCUCCUUUGA